ACAAACAACAGUUAUUCACAAUUUCGCCUCUCAGUCUCAUCAACACAAACAUAAAUUCAAAUUUAAAUACAUUUUUUCCCUUCCUUCUUCUCCGUUCCCAGUUUCACUUUCAACGUUCCCUCUCACUCUCAGUCACGCCGUUCCCAAACCCUAACCCCCUUCGCCGUGCCGCCGUUCACCCCAGCACUUCGCCGCUCUGUUUUUCCGGUUCUGUUUCUGCACGUCGUCCCUCCGCCACACCGCCACGUCAUCCUCGAGAUUACUUCUGCUUCGCAAAUCUCUUUCAAAACUGAAAAAAUGGAUCCAAAUCCAAAAGAGGAAUGGUCCAUCAAGGACUUUGAGAUCGGAAAACCACUCGGGAAAGGGAAAUUUGGUAGAGUCUAUGUUGCCAGAGAAGUCAAGAGUAAAUUUGUGGUUGCAUUGAAGGUUAUCUUUAAGGAACAACUUGAAAAGUAUAGAAUUCACCAUCAACUGAGGAGGGAAAUGGAGAUACAGAUAAGUCUUAAACAUCCAAACAUCUUGCGCCUCUAUGGUUGGUUCCAUGAUUCUGAGCGUGUUUACUUGAUUCUUGAAUAUGCUCAUAACGGUGAGCUGUACAAGGAACUUAGCAAAAGAGGUCAUUUCUCAGAGAAGCAAGCUGCAACGUACAUUUUAAGUCUCACAGAGGCAUUGGCAUAUUGUCAUGAGAAUCAUGUUAUUCACAGGGAUAUCAAGCCUGAAAAUUUGUUGCUUGACCAUGAGGGUCGUCUUAAAAUUGCAGACUUUGGUUGGUCUGUACAAUCUACAAGCAAAAGACAAACCAUGUGUGGAACAUUGGAUUAUUUAGCUCCUGAAAUGGUAGAAAACAAAGCUCAUGAUUAUGCAGUUGACAACUGGACUCUUGGUAUCCUUUGUUAUGAGUUCCUCUAUGGCGUUCCUCCAUUUGAGGCUAAGAGUCAAGCUGAUACCUUCAAAAGGAUAAUAAAGGUUGAUUUAAGCUUCCCUCCUUCUCCUCUUGUUUCUUCAGAUGCCAAAAAUCUGAUAAGUCGGCUCCUGGUAAAAGAUUCCUCAAAAAGGCUCUCGCUUCAAAAGAUAAUGGGGCACCCUUGGAUAAUCAAGAAUGCAAAUCCUAUGGGUGUCUGCGAGUAGUAUCAACUUUUGUCACUCAUGUAUAAAUGUGAUCUUUGAGGGAUUAAGUUGGAUUAUACUUCUGGGGCAUUGUUGUAUAAUAGCAUAUUAGAGUGUGUUUGUUUUAUGGAUAGAUAAUUCAUUCC